CGCGUUUACGGUGUGUUAUCGCGAGUAGCAUAGGGAAUCAACCUACUGUUCCUCCAAACUAUAAAAAUGACAUAAUUUAUUGUAGUAAAUCUAGUUGCGUAGUACAUGUUGAUCAUUUUACAGUUUAAAAAUGCCGGUAAAUAUUAUUUAUUUACAUAGGUAGGUAACAAAAUUUAAUUAUUUUCUUUUGGAAGUAAAUCAUAUCUCUAUCUAUAACAUAAGUGCAUAAUCAGCUUUACACACACAUACAAACAAUUUUCUCAAAUUAUUUUUUUACUGUUGCAACAACAUUCGUGUAUGACAACCAAUUUUUAGUCUAUGACUUAUAUCAAUGAAGAGCAGACGUUUGUUGUGAAAUUUGUUUCCUAUUAUUUCGCCUUCCGUCGUUUAAUUAUUUCUGUGUAAUGUAAUAAAAAAAAAUAGGAAAUAAAAUAUAUUUUUACAUUAAACGUAGCUCGUGUGAUUUUUUUAUUGAGUGUCUAGAUGUAGUUAUAGUAGAAUGUUUUUCGAGCGUGUAUUAUUGCCUGUGAUCUGCCUUGGAAUAGAAGUUUUUCCAUUGGUAUCCGCGGAAGAUGUGGAUAUUCGCGAGGUAUUAGCCGACAAGGGAACCAAUGUGACGAUUCCAUGUGGAGGACUGCUCACGAUGCCGGCGCCCAACGUCCAGUGGGUGCACCGCGGCAUCAAGACACACCAUGAAGUCCUGUCGGACAGAAGCCUGCUCCUGCGCCAGAUAGACGUGGACGACGCCGGGCUAUACGAGUGCGGCGUAGAGAACGAGACUGCGUACGUCGACAGAGUCAACCUCACAGUUAGAACCGAGCCCCCACCGCUAGUGAACGUCACGGUGCACGCAUCCACGAUCCUGGCGCUGAUCCUGUGGAACGUGGCCGGCGACGGCGGGCACCCCAUCAUCGACUUCACCGCGCAGUACCGCUCCGCCAUGCCGAUCAACGGCACGCUCGAGCAGUGGCGACCGAUCAGCCCGAACCAUAUCAGUCCUAACUCGCGUCAGAUCGACGUGUAUCACUUGGAGCCGAACGCGUCGUACUGGUUCCGCGUGUGGGCGACCAACCUGCUGGGCCCCGGGCCGCCGGUCGAGGUGCUCGCCACCACGCUCUACAGCGACCAGGAGGCAGAACUGUACAAGCACUUCCUGGAGGGCGCGGAGUCGUUCGACACGCGCACGUGGGUGGCGGCGGUGUGCGUGGUGAUGGGCACGCUGGUGGUGCUGGCGGCCGGCACGUGCGCCGUGCUGUGCCGCGAGUGGCGCCGCGACGAUUACGGCGAGGAGCAAGACGUAAUAGAACUAGUGCCUAACAUUAUCCUGAACCCUGGCUUCAUGGAGAUGGACCCGAUCAGGCCCCGCGAGACCUUCGCCGCCUCCAUCAUCAAGUCGACGGAAUGCCCUGGGCCAGGAAAGCCGAGAAGAGUCUGAUUCUCGUCCAUACUUAACCUUAGAAUAUUCUAUCGAACCGAUUCAGGCCUCUUGUCAUGAUUAUAAAAAAAAUGAUGGACGUUUGACAAAAAAAAAAACAGGUCAAUAUGUGACAUUCAAUUUUAAAAUUUGCCGUCGCGUUCUAUAAUUAUAUAGCUUAAAUUGACAAGUCAUUCGAUGACAAUCGCUGUCAGAAUUGCUGUCAAAUUUCGUUAUGACGUCAUAAAUCGUACGCUGGUUGAAAUCUUAUGAAUUUUCGCUGUCAAUAUCAUAAAAGUUUCCAAUUUUGUGCAAGCAAUUGGCGCAAGGGUAAUGAAGGACAUAUCAAAACCGCUACGUUAGUUCAAGUUUAUUGUAAAAAUGAAUCGGAAUGAUAGAAUAUUGUAAUGGUUGUUAGCAAUUUGCGCUCGAUUUUACAACGCGUAAGUUUUUGUGUUCGAAUUAUUUUCUCGAAAUUUAACUAUAAUUGUGAUGGAUUUUACAAAGACUACUAUAUUUGACGGGGAGUAGUGACAGCUGUCAAAUUGUGGAAGAGUCGAGGGUUUUGAGAAAAUAAUUUGACUUUAUAAUAAGCUUAAAACUAAUCAUUGAGAGAGAUGAUUUCUAGUUUUGUAAAAGUUUCGUGAUUUAAUAUUAGUGCGGGGAUGCCAUCUCAAUAAAAAAAAAUACAAGUAGUUUCAGCUACGUGUUUUACAUUAUUUUUAUUCGUAUAAGAACUGAUGCUUGCAUUUACUUUUGAUAUAUUUACACUGUUGCGUAAGUCUGACACGGACGCUUUAUUUCUAUCUACUGGCAACCCCGAUGCAUAAGUACAUUUUUAGGGAGAAUAUUGCUUACCGUUCAAAAUAAAUUGUUAAAUGUUGCUAGCUGAGUGUAGUAGUAGUGAUAUUUUAAAUUUAAAACUUUUUUGCAACAUUAGAUGUAUUUUUGUAACGAGAUCUCAAAUAAUUAAGGUGAAGUUUGAAUGAGAAUGCAUACGUUUCUUUAAUAUUAUGUUUAUUAUUGUGAUUUUUAUCUGUGAUUUAUGUUUUCCACAUUGGUUUAAAAAAUAAGAUACUUGUAUAAUGUAUAUAUUUUAAUAGGAUAUGUAUUGUUUGGACUGGUGCGAGAAUUCGAUUUAGUUUUGUAUUGCGUAAGGCUUACGUCACGCACGACGCGCGAGCGGGUCGGACGCUCGGUCUGUAACUAGCCUAAGAUGAUCACUGCUUAUAAUACAGUAUAUUGGUGUUAAUAAAAUGACAAUACGGUAGUGAAACUCGUGUUAUCAAUGUUAUGUAGGUAUAUAGCGUCCACAUUACACUUGAAGGCAAUGAUGCGUUUAUGUAUAAAAUAUAUUUCAUCGAUAUACACGUUACUAAUAACUUACUGUUUUAGAAAAAUAAACGUUGAGUUUGUGGAUGACCUUUUACGGCUCUGAGAUUUAUAAUAAGUUAACUAAAAAUAAAUGUAUUUUAAAUGUUUAUAAAUAUCAGUAAAGGUAAGUUCGAGUCUUUUUAUCGGCUAAUAUCAGAAUUUCUGACUAUGAGACGUUUCUGUGAUGUGUCCUUGCCUAUUAGAUAUCCAGAGCCGUAAAAAAUGGUUUAUUUGUAGGGCCGCCAUCUUGCCGAUUGUGACUGUUAGGUACCUUGCUUUCACAAUAUUCCAACACUCCAACUGCUUUCAAUGGCAUGCCAAAAUGGUGCUAGUAUGCGAUUCCUUAAAAGUUAUAUUUGAAGUUCUCAUUCUCUUUAGAGUUUGGAUGUUAUUCGUUUAAGGUGGUAGCUCAAGGUCCAUUUUCAUACAUUUUGUUUCGGCUUUAAUCUGGGUAACUAAACAAGU